AUGAAUGAACAUGAAAAGCAAGACGAAAUAAUUGUUCACAAUGACCAAAUAUUGCAGCAAGUUAAAACAGAUUUCAAAUUAUUUCGUUCCGAAACUGAUCCGAUCAAAAAAUCUCAAAAUUUCAGCCUAUUUCUUUCUUCAUUCAACGAAUUUCUCGCCAACGAAACUGAUCACGAAACUCUAAUACAGUAUAUUCAAAAAUAUUGCAACUCAAUAGCAGAUUAUUCAACUUCAAUCAGAGAAGAAUUACCAAUAUUCAUUCAAACGAUGCAUAUAUUAGAAGUCAUUGCAGAAGUAUGUCCAAUGGAUGAAUUUAUCCAACUUUAUAUUUCGUAUUCAGUCACUUCGUUUCAUUUCGUCGACAAAUUUCAAAUAUCAACUAAAACCAUUAGUGAUUUACUUCAUACCAUUUUCAACACAGAAGUACUUUUUAAUCCAUUUUGUGUUUACAACGGAAUUGACAUUUUAUUUUACAAUUCUUUUGUUGGAAAUGAGAACAAAGACCUUAUUUCAACAUUUUCUGCCAACAACAUACCUCAAAUGAUCAACCAAAACCUCUCACAUUACAUUAAUUACGAAUAUUUUAUCACAAAAGUCACAGACAUUGCUUGUUCCCACAUUAUACAGGAAAAGUACAUCAAAGAUAGCUGUCUCUUUGUUGCGAGAGUGAUAAAAUACAUUUCAAUGAAGAACCACGACUGUAUCAAGUUUUUCGUAACUCACGACGGUUUUGUCACUUUUGAUUUAAUGUUGGCCAACUCAAAAAUCGAAGACAAGAUCGAUAUCUUCACAGAACUUCUCGAAAUAGACAACUCCGACGCUUCAAAACCUCCAAAUUUAGACACAAUUUUCCACAUCAAAUUGUUGUUCGACAACCAGCCUGAAAACCAAAGAAAUUUCUUCAAAUUGCUCAUCCAGACAAUUGACAAGUUCCCGAAUUCUGCCGAGGAAAUCGAUAAAAAGACAAAACUCACAAGUUGGAUGUCAUUCUUCGAUUUGAACUUGGCAAUAGAACUGAUUGAGAAAAUUUCUGUCAGUUCACCUUUGUUUGUCAAAAAUAUUUUGCCAUAUUUGUUCAGAAAAUUGAUUGGUGAAGAAAAAGAUGUUACAAAAUUUGACAAAGUACUGAAAAUAUUUUCUGAACAAAUCAAAAACGGUUAUUUAGAUAUCAGUUCACUUUUGGACAUUGGCUUUUUACAAAUUUUCAUUUUCUCUCUCGAAAAAGAAAAGCUUGUCAAAUUAUUGUCAAACAGCGACAAUUUGAGUGACAUUUUGAUUUCGUUUUUCAAGUCAGAGGAGAGUCUGAGUUUUAGAAAGCAAAUUUUGAAAGUUUUCUGCGAAAUUUUGGAAAUUGACAGAAAUCUGACAGUUAUCGUCCAUUGUUUAUCAUCUUUUAUAUCAGUUUCUCCUGAUUCAGAGAGUUUGCAGAUUAUCAUGGAUUUGGUCGACAAAAUUCCGUCACUUUUAUUUAUUUUUGACAAUUCCUUUUUGAAAAAUACAAAAAUUUGUGACAGAUUCUGCCAUUUUUCAUUGAAUUGGCUCUGCCAAAUGUUUUUAAAUCAGAAAAUAACAGAAAAUGAAUUUCUGACAACUUUAUCGUUUUUGACAAGUAAAGUUCAUUAUGUCAAAGUUGACAAAAUGAUUGAGAAACUUUUAGAAGAAGACAAACUGAAGUUAAAUGACGCAAAUGUACUGAAAAAUGCUGUUUUCGGGAGAGAUUUAGAAAGAAACUUAGUGAUGAUUCAUCCUCUUUGCAGGUUUCUGAAGGAAAUUCCAAUUAAUUUGCAUCCGUAUUCGAAAGCUGUUUUCGGACAAUAUUUAGACACAGAGAAACUAAUCAAGAGACAUGAUAUUUAUAACCAAUUUGUAUCAAACGAAAAAUUUAACAAAAUAUUGGAUAAUUUUGAUCAAAUAGAAAAUGACUUGCAAAUCAAUGAAAAUUUCGAUAAUUCUCCUUUGAUUUAUUUGGACUUUAAUUCGAAAAUUUCUGUCACUGGGACUUUUUCAUUGAUUUCGUUUUGGUUCAAGAAAGUUUUGAUAUCAAACGGGCCAUUUUUCGAAGCAAAGAAUGUGAAACUUUCUUUCGAAAAUGAUAAUUUGAUUUGUGGGGCAAAUGAUCAAAAAAUGACUUACAAAAUAUUGCCAGAAAAAUGGAAUUUCGUUUGUAUCCAGAUAGAGCUUUACGCACUCAAAAUAAAUAUCAACAGAAUUUCAACAGUUUUCAGUUUACUCAAAAUGGAUACAAAUUUCGCUUUCUGUCACUUUUUAACAGAAAAUUCAAAAGUUUACAUUUCUCCAAUAAUCAAAUUAUCAAAUCACAACAUCAAUGAUGUCAAAACACUGAUAUCUAAUGGUCCAUUCCACAAGAAUCAAUCAAAAGAUUUUGUUCAUCUGAAUUCUUGGAAUUAUUUCGACCACAAAUUCGUUUUCAAUGAUAGUUACAAAGCAAAAAAUUUUGUAACACAAAACUAUUUCGUUACUUUUCAUCAAAAUUCGUUUAUUAUUCCUUAUUAUUCAUUAUGUUCCCAUUUUUUGGAUUUCGAAAAGUUUAAAUUCGUGUUUGACAAAAUUGAGAACUUUACAAACACUCAGAAAACAAAAAUUUUGACAAAAUUGAUAUUAAUUUUCAAAAUCAAUGAUUCGAAGCAGAAACAAUUCAUUUUUUACUUGUCAAAAUUCAAAGAUCUUUUUACAAAUCCACAAUUAUCUGAUUAUUUAAUUGAUUCUCUUUCGAAAGUAUUCAAAGGAAAAGUUUUGUUGGAGAAUUUAUUGAGAGAAAGUUUGCUGACGAAAGAAAUCGUGAUUUCCAUUUUAAACAAAAUAAGAAAAGAAGAUUUCACAAAAUUGUUUGAAGACUUUCUUUGUCAGAUGAUAUUAGAAACAGAAGAAAUCGUUUAUCCGGUUCUUAAGAGAAUAUUUUAUUUCUCGAGAAUUCCGAAAUUUGUUAUUUGCGUCUUGAGAAGCGGUCACCAAAUAAAUUUGGAAAAAAUUCAAAUGUCAAUUUUGAAAAAUUUGACAGUUUUGGUGUCAGAAAAUGAAAAUUAUUGUCAUGUAAUCACGAAAUACUUGCAGUUCGAGCAUCUACAGAAUUUGUUUAUUGAAACCGAAUCAAAACAGAAGUGUUUUGAGAUUUUUGUUUUGAUCAUGAAAAUCCACUUAAUUUUGAAGAAUUUUUGCAAGUUUUCUCUGCAAUUUUGUUUUUCUUUGACAAAAUUAAAAGACAUUCCGGAAGUUUGGACUGUUCUCAUUGACUUACAAAACAAAAAACUCAUUCCUCAAAUUGCUUUGUUACAUAUGAUUUGGGCGGUUUUUCUAUCGUCUUUCUAUUCAAUUUCAUUUUUAGGAGGAAAAGAAAAUAUCUGCGAAGAAAAUGCAAGAAUUGUUUUAAGUUUAAUGCUGAAGAAUAUUUCUCAUAUUGCAGAAUCAAAUGAUUGCUAUUCUUUUAUUGUUAAUUGUUUCCCUUUAAUUUUCCAUUCGAAAUCUUUGUUUGGAAACAAAACAAUUGACGAAAAAGUAACAGUAGAAAGAAACAAUUUCGAAAACUUUCCUGAGUUAAGAGAUGAAUUCUGGCAACCAUUCAUAAAAACAGUUAGAAACAAUGAUCAAAAAACAAACAAGGAAGAAUUCCAUCAAAAAGAUGAAGAAAAACAUAGAAUUUUCAUUGAAGAAAAUGAAGAAAACAAUGAAUCUUUCACCGAAGAAAAGAAGAAAGCUGAAGAGAAAGAAAACACUACAAAUGAUUCUUUGAUAAAUUUGGAUGGUCUGCAAAACGACAUCCAAAACAGUUCUAAUUUUGAUUUAAUGAACAACGAAACCACACAGGAAAAUAAUGAAAUAUUUUAUUAUAAUGAGGAUAAAACAGAGGAAACAAAAGAUGUUUUCGAGUUUCUCAGCGAAAUUGUUUCAAAUUUGAUUCUUGAUUCGAAUUUGGAAGUAAAUUUCCAAAAUUUCAACGCUAUAAAUGCAAUUUCUUAUGUUUCUGACCAUCCUUUGAUUACAUUUCUCUCUUCUUUUGCUUUCAACGCAAAAUUACCAUCAUGUGAAGUGAUUUUGUCACUUUUAUAUAAUCCACUUUUUUAUGACAGCGAAAUUGGAAAUUCCAUCAAUUUGAUACUGGACAAAUCACUAUUUACAAAUGCAGAGAAAGCCGGAAAAGUGUUUGUGAAGCAAAUCCUAAUGUUUUAUGAUUAUAUUUUACACAAAUCCGACUACUCGAUAAAUCCAUACCAAAUAUUGAAAGAAAUCAUCGAAUUGGCCGAAAAAAUGAAGAUCAAGACUUCUUUGGCAAAUCAGUUCUCUCAAACUCUGCUUUCUUUCAUUUCACAGAGUGAAGCAAAAUCAAUAGAUUUGCUCUUAUCCGUCUUGUUUACGAAGGAAGAAACAUUAAAGAAAAUUAUCGAAUUCUCGACAAUAAAAUCAAAAUGGUUGGAAAUUUUGUCAAAAUUUGAUAACCAAAAAUCAAACAUUUUGAUUUCAUUUGUCAAGAAUUUCAGAUUGAAAGACAAGAACAAAGAAAUACUAAAUGGUUACGAAAUUUACGAAAAUUCUCGUAAUUCUUUGAUUGAAAACUUUGUUAAUUUUAUAACAGAAAAAAUGAAAAUCAUUUUGUCAUCGAAUUCGAUUUCUCUUACGAAAUCGAAGAUAUUAUCAGAGAUUUUGUUGUCAUUUCUAUCUACGACAAAACCAGACAACAUCGAAUACUGGACAGAAGAAAUCAAAUCCAAAUCAAUUAUCUCUGAAAAAAGAUUUUUGUCACAGUUUUCCAUUUACAAGAAACAACCAAAAUUUUAUCUGAAAAACCACUUUGAAAGUGAUUCAGAUAUAUUAGAGUUUUUCAAGCGAAAAAUCACUAAACCAGACAAAUUCUGCAAUUGUCUGGAAAGAUUUUUCAAUGAAUUUUCCAAAUCUUCUGUUUAUUUCAACGUUUCUUUCCAGAGAAAUUCGAAAGAAACUGAUUCCGUAAUCUUCUUUUUCCACAACGCUGUCAUUUUACUUAUUGGCUCUACUUUGGUUGAUGACCGUUUAGUGUUUAAUGACUAUGAUUUUUCUUUUGUUAUGGAAGAAGUUUUUAACCACACUUUAGGAAUCACUGCAAGAUUUUUCUCUUCUGUUUUGUUGAUGAUUGAACAAAGACAAAUUCUGUCUUUGAUAAAAUUCGAGAACUCGAAAUCUUUCUCAUUUUGGAGUUUGUCUUCUGGACAUUUCACUAUUAAAUGCCACUCAGAAGAUGAUUUCCAAAGAUCUUUGAAAUACAUCGAUGAUUUAAGUCAGUUUACAACUUCAGAAAUUUUUGAUAUCGAUAGGAUUACGAAUGAUUUCAAGAACGGAAAGAUCGAUACAGAAGAAUUUAUAUCUUUUUAUAAUCUACUGAAUGAAAAAUCAUAUUCCAAUUCAAAAAUUGAUUUUGAUGCCAAAAAAUCUCAAAAUUUGGAUUACAAAUACGAAAUUGUUGAAAAAUUACCAGAAAAUGUCCCUAAAAUUACUAAAUUCAGUGAAGAAAAGAGAAAUCUUUCCACAACUUCUCUACCUUAUGUUUACCAAGUGACAAAGGAAAACUUUUCUUUUGAGGAAAUCCGAAAUUUCUUCAAAAAAGAUAAAUUUUCUGCAAAAAUAAAAGAUGAUUCUUUAGUUAUCGAAUUUUGUGAAACAAAAGAAGUUGUGAGAUGGCAUGAUUCCAUUCUAAAACACUGGACGAACAUCUUUAUCGAUGAUGACUUUUGUUUUGUUACUUUCUCUUUCGAUGAAAUUUUAGUUUUCAGAGCAGUUUCAAAACAUCAAAAACCGAUGAUUGUCAGAAUUUGCCAGAUACAAACAGAAAAUGCAGAUUUACUAUGUUAUGAUAAAGAUAACCUGAUAAUUGCAUUAGCAAACGAAAUAUCAAUUUCAUUGAUUUUCUUCCCUCUAUGUGAAACAAUUUUUAAGAAAAAAGUUGAAGAAAAAAUUAUUUCUCUCCACUUUUUGAGGUCAAAUCUUUAUGUUGUUUACAAACAUUCAAUAGAAGUUAUUGAUUAUGAAGGAAGCACUUUGUACCAAAUAAGUUUUCCUAAUGAAAUUACUUGCUCUAGUUUGUGCGGAGAUCCGAAAUCAGGCGGGUUAAUAAUAGGACACAAAACUCGCGAAUUUUCUUUUGGUUUUGAAAACGAAUUUCAUCAAUCGAAACUUUCGAAUGACAAAGAGAUAGUAGCUUUGGAUUGCGAUGAAGCAGGAUCAAUAGCAAUCUGCCAGCUGAAGGAUUCCAAAUCAGUGGUUAUUUCCUCUCAGUGUUUGGGAGGAAAUUCAGAUUUAAUUUCCAAAUCUGUUGACAAAUGCUACAUCUGCCAUAAGCAUUCGUCAGAGAUUUGCCCAUCAUGCAUGAGAGCAUUAUGCUCUAAAUGCUUUGGAAGAGAUUCAAUUUGCCCAUUAUGCUUAGAGUAUUCUCAAAUUCAAUCUCAAAAAUAG